AUUGUUCGAAACAGAUGGAAUUCCGAGUUGUAAUUGAAACACAUCAAAUUUUAAUUUUUAUGCAGCUAAUGUUCGAAGAUGUCAAUUCAAAAAUUAGCUACUUAAUACUUAGAUAGCCAUGUUCCUGCAAGAAAGGAAAUCCACUUCCACAGUAUGAUGUGAAAGAUGUUGCACGAGGAAAGAGCUACUUCAAGAGCAGAGCGCUCGGAGGACGAGGAGGAGACGACUUCUACAUCAGAGACGGAGACAUGUGCAUCUUCCAUAGAUGGAGUAGCAUCUGACUCUGAGGAUGCUUGUAGUACGUCUUCUAGUGCAAAUAAUUAUAUGUUCGACACAGAACAAAGUAGUGGAAGAACGGCAGCUCCUACAAGAAAGGCGACAGUUUUGAUAGAACAAAGGAGGGCAUCGCUUCUGACAGAGGUGGAGGUGGAAGAAAACGAAGAGGAAGAGACAACUGCUCUGCACCUGACAGCAUCGUCAUCAUGCGAAGAUGAAGAAGACGAAGAAUUUGCUUUUCUGACGAAUAUUUUUCGGGUGUGCCUACUCCUUCCUUUUCUUCUGCUGUGUGCUGGUUGGGAUUUGGUGAUGCCGAGGUUGUACUACGAUUACAUAGUUUUUGGCCUUAUCGGCAAAUAUCAGCUUGCGGAGGCUGCAAUUGCCAGCUUGUCGUUCUUCGUCUGGAUCCAGCUCUUCUCCGUACUAGUUUGCUGGGCUAAUUCAGUCGCUUCAGUGAGGACAAGUUCAAGUGGGGAUACUAGUUGUAAGGAAUUAAUAUCAGAAGAAGAUUCAUCAGAGCUCGAUCGUCAAGGAAAAGAAGAACAAUUUAAGCUUCAACGUGAAGAUGAUCUUCAACAAAAGGAAAAUAAAGAAUCUUCAGAUGGCAAGACGUUGUUUCUCUAUAAUCACUCAUCGCAAGAACGGGAGACCACUGAUCCUUGCCAUUGUGGUGGAGGUCUUCAGGAGAAUAAGCAUCAAAAACGUACAUCAGAACAACUGAAGUACUAUCAAAAGGAAAAUACUACAUUGAUGUCACC